AUGAACCAAGUCACUACUAAAAAAGACCAAUAUGUAUCUACUAUUGUUUCUGAUCAAACGAAAAUAUAUAUUGAAUCGGAUACAGAAACUUUUAGUUCUACAAAUACACCUAUACCAUCGACAAAUUUAAAUGAAAUUAAUAAAAAUGACACUUUGAAUAAAGAAAGUGAUGAGAGUGAAAUUGACCAAUUGUUGAUGGAUGAAAUUUUGAGUGCUGAAAGAUUCUUUGAAGAACAUGAAAAACAGGUGCAGAUUAGUACCGAUAAUAACGAUGAUGAUGUUGAAGAUGAACUAUUAAAUGCACAUGAAAUGUUCAAAUGUGUACCAGAAAACACUAAAAAUCAUUUAUUGGAAGAGUUGUACACCUUUGAAGAUGGAACUUUUCUUGUAUACGAUAGAAUCGAUUAUAAAGAAAUUGAUAUAGAUGCAGUUUCAGAAUCAGUUAGAAGAUUUUCUUAUGAUCAUGACAACAAUUUUGUAAUAGAAAGAUAUAUUGUAGCACUUGAUUAUUUAUUUAGAAGAACGUGUAAUAUCACCAAUAUUAAAACACUUAAAUUUGUCAAAGUUAUGCAAAGAAAAGUAUGUGAUUAUGUUAUGAAUGGUGAAAUGGUUAAAGCUCACCUGAGUGCUGAACAAAUACGAGCAUUAAAACGAUGUACAUUGGUAAGUCACGCAACACUGAGUAGAGAUUCACUCGAAAAAGCUAAAACGUUGGCAUUAAGCUCGAGAACUGUUAACGCACAAAUAUUUAAAGCUAAUGGAUUAAAGAAAGAAAAACUUAAGGCCGAAAGUAGUGAAUAUAAAUGUUUAGCAAUUUCCAUUGACUCAACUACGAAAAAUGAUCAAGAAAUAUUCUGUGUGAUGUUAAGAUUGGUCAAAGGAAGAAAGUGUUAUUCACUGCCUCUUAUAUUGAAUCAAUACAAAGGCCAAACAGAUGCAAAAACACUUGCUAAAUGA